CCUGAGGAGUAUUUUAUUUUUGGUGCUUUUUUUCAACAACAAAUCUAUCCUAAUUCAAAUGGCAAAGGAGACGUUAAUGGUAUAUUUGCUUUAUGUUAUUGUAAUUUACCAGACUCUGGCCAUUAAUGUUGACAUCCCAUUAUCAGUUUAUGAAUUUGCACGUGGUGACCCUGCCAUAAUACCAUGCAACUUCAAACCCAAGAAUCCAGUCAACUCAGUGAUCAUCAUUUCAUGGAUGGCUCAUGCAGACGUUGAAUCUGAUCCAGAGCUCAACAUUGCCACGUUGUACUAUUCUGAGGCUAUUCCACCAAGUCUUGACUAUGACGAGGCAUAUAAUGGUAGGGCAGCACUGAACUAUAGCAUCUCUCAAGGAAUAUCAACCCUAACGCUCAAUGCUAUAACGUCAAAGGAUUCUAGAGUGUAUGAGUGUAAAGUUCAAAUUCCUAAGGACACCACUGGAAAACAGGUGGAUUCUACCAGACUUGUGGUUUUGGUGGCACCUUCCAAACCCAUCUGUACGAUCCAAGGAAAAGCUGAGUUUUACCAGAAUAUUAGUCUUGCCUGUCAUUCAGAGGAAGGCACCCCGACACCCACAUAUCAGUGGACAAGCUAUGAUCUUACUAAUAAAUCACGACCGAAUCCACCCAAGUCCACUGACGUGAAUGGAGUUUUGUCACUCUACAAUAUCUCUACAGAGACCAAUGGUUUUUUUAUCUGCACAUCAAGCAACAAAAUUCGCUCAAAUUUCUGUAAUCUGACCUUAACCGUCGUGCCAUCUUCUAUGAAUGUUGCACCCAUAGCCGGUAUAAUUGGAGGCAUUGUGGCUGUUCUUUUAAUCCUGCUGGUUGUUGUCUAUUGCUGCUGUUGCCGUCGGAAACAGGCGAAACAUGAGGAGUAUGCCAUGGGACCUUCAGAGGAGACUGAAUACACAGACAAAGAGCCUCAUGAAAUUGUAGAAAAUAAAGGUGAAAGGAUGAAGAGCAAUCCUGCCAUGUCUGAGGACACAGCCAACAGACGUGACCACUAUGAAGACCGUAGUGAGCAAGACUAUGACAGAUCCAGAGAUCGCUACUCUGAUCGGCGAGAUGACUAUGACGAUCGCAGGGAGAGCUUGGAUGACCGCCGAAGUAAUCGCUACGACGACCGGCGCAACGAUCGUUAUGAUGACUAUCGUGAUCAAUAUGAUGAAGAUAGAGAUCGCUAUGAUGACCACCGCAGUGAACGCCAUGACCGCUAUGACGACCGUUACGAUGACCACCGCGAUCGCCAUAACUAUCGAGAUGAUCGCAGUUAUGACCGUGAUAGACCUCCGAAUGUUCCAGCUAAUAAGCCUUCUAGGGGUUGACACUGUGGAAUCCUUGUGCUUUCUGGGCACCAUCAUCAUCAAUGACCUCAAGUGGGAGCAGAACAUCAGCUCAGUCACCAAGAAGGCACAGCAAAGGAGGAACUUCCUGCAGCAGCUGAAGAAAUUCAACAUGCCAAAGCUGCUGAUGGUGCAUUCUACACUGCAAGUCCAUACUCACCUCCUCCAUCACCAUUUGGUAUGCUGCAACUGCCAGGGACAAGGGCAAACUACAGCGCAUCAUCCACUCUGCUGAGAGUGUGAUUGGCUACAACCUACCAACCCUCCAAGACCUGCACACCUUCAGAACACUUGGACAAGCAGGCAAGAUCAUGACUCAUCCCUCACACCAUGGACAUGACUUCUUCAAAACACUUCCUUCUGGCAGGAGGCUUAUGUCUGUUGGGCCCAAAAACUCUCACCACAAGCACCAUCAACAAGACCUGAAUCCCCAACUAUAUUUUUGCACAUCUUUUAUCUAUUGCAUAGCACUUUUUAUUUGCUAUGAGCUCUUCAAUCUGGGCAAAUUUUCUUGCACUAUUCUAUAUUGUUUAAUUUUAUUUAUUUACACUUUUUUCUACCUAUCGUAUUCUCUUUUCUGUAUUUUUAUACUGAUUGUCAUGCACCAGUUUCACCAAGUCAAAUUCCAUGCAUGUAGAAACAUACUUGGUUAAAAGAUAUAUUCUGAUUCUGAACAACUCAGGUUUAUUGGUAAAAAUGCAAACACAACUCUCACUAUAUUCACACAGAGACUGGACUGCACUGACCCAUGUACUCCGUAAGCCUGCACCACCUCUGACUACUUAUAAUGAGGUACAUGGUCAUAUUCCUUUUCCAAGCAUACUCCCAUCAUCUCUCACAAAGCUGUACCAGAAAGGACAGCUGGUCCACCUUUCCAGAACCUGGGAAGAAAUCGCAUGGCUCCAACCCGUUUUAGUACCUUCAGCAUCUCCAGUCAAACCUCAUCCACUGCUGCUGCCCUGCCCCCAUGCAGACUAUUAACUACUGUGAUGACUUCAUACACAGAAAUGUAAUUUGAAUCAAUGUCUGUUUCAAGUACUACCUCCUGAUACUUAAA